CCGAAUACAUUCUACCAUGAAAUUUAUCCUAGCGAGUGUAAUGCUUACGCUGUAUUUAGCUUAUUUAGUUAUGGCAUUGCCUGUAACAAAAAAUAAAAAGGAAGAAAAGCGCAAAGAGCCAAGCAGCACAACAGACACAGCUGACGUAGAAGCUGCAUUGGAGUAUGAGCGGUAUUUGCGCGAAGUCGUGGAAGCCUUAGAAACAGACCCUGAGUUUAGGAAGAAACUGGACAAAGCACCUGAGGCCGACAUACGCAGUGGCAAAAUUGCACAAGAACUUGAUUAUGUAAAUCAUCAUGUGCGAACAAAGCUGGAUGAAAUUAAACGCCGUGAGUUGGAGCGUUUGCGAGAACUGGCCAACAAAGAAUUUGAGCUAAGUAAUGACAUUGAUCGCGCACAUUUGAAAGUACCACAGCAUUUGGAUCACGGCAAUGAACAUACAUUCGAAAUAGAAGACUUGCGUAAACUGAUUCAGAAAACAUCUGACGAUUUGGCUGAGGCCGAUCGUAAACGACGUGGUGAGUUCAAGGAGUACGAAAUGCAAAAGGAAUUCGAGCGGGAAGCUCAAAAGAGAGUAAUGGAUGAAGAGUCGCGAAAAAAAUUCGAUGCAGAGAUAAAAGAAAAGGAACAAAAACAUAAGCAGCACGAGAAAGUCCAUCAUCCAGGUAACAAAGCGCAAUUAGAGGAAGUCUGGGAGAAACAGGAUCACAUGGACAAGGAUGAUUUCAAUCCCAAAACCUUCUUUUUUAUUCACGACAUUGACAGCAAUGGGUUUUGGGAUGAAGCUGAAGUAAAGGCACUCUUCAUCAAGGAACUAGACAAAGUAUACCAAAGCAAUUUACCCGAAGAUGACAUGCGCGAGCGCGCCGAAGAAAUGGAACGCAUGCGAGAGCAUUACUUUCAGGAAACUGACACUAAUCAUGACGGACUUAUCAGUAUGGAUGAAUUCAUGCAACAGACCUCAAAGGAAAAGUUUCAAAAAGACCCUGAGUGGAAGACCAUUGAUCAACAGCCUCAAUUUACUCAUGAGGAGUAUUUGGAGUUUGAGCGACGACGCCAGGAAGAAGUACAACACAUGAUUGCUCAAGGUCAACUACCCCCACAUCCCAACAUGCCGCAGGGCUACUACAUAGGGCCGCCGCCAGCAUCAUUUCAGGCACCUGCGCAAGGUGCUCAAUUGCACUAUCAGCAACCAAAUCAAUUACUUAAGCAGCAAGAGCAACAGUAUCAUCAUCAACAGCAGCAGUACGCCCAGCAGCAGCCCCAACAGCAUGGCGAGUUUGGACUGGAGCAGACAGACUCCUUUUGA